AUUGGGAGUAUUUAUGUGGCCAUAAUAAAGAAAAAACGAAGGACCUAGAAGACAAAAACAUUGCCUCCAUGUGCGAGGACAGUGGGGAAAAGUUUGACUUUUCAGUGAUGUCUUACAAUAUACUCUCACAAGAUUUACUGGAAGACAACUCGCAUCUCUACAGACACUGCCGGCGCCCAGUGUUACACUGUAGCUUCUGCUUCCCCAAUAUUCUGAAGGAAAUCAAGCAUUUUGAUGCAGAUGUGCUUUGUCUGCAGGAAGUUCAAGAAGACCAUUAUGGAACGGAUAUCAAGCCAAGUCUGGAAUCACUGGGUUAUCAUUGUGAAUAUAAGAUGAAGACAGGAAGGAAACCCGACGGCUGUGCCAUUUGUUUCAAACACUCCAGAUUUUCACUCCUGUCAGUAAACCCGGUGGAGUUCUGCCGCCGUGUCAUCCCUCUGCUGGACUUGGACAACAUUGGACUGGUGUUACUCCUGCAGCCCAGCGUCCCACGUGCAGCCUCCCCCUCCAUCUGCAUAGCUAACACACAUCUGCUGUAUAGCCCACGGCGAGGAGAUAUUAAGCUCACCCAAUUGGCAAUGCUGCUUGCAGAGAUUUCCAGUGUGGCCCAUCAGAAAGACGGUAGCUUCUGUCCCAUCGUCAUAUGUGGUGACUUUAAUUCUGUUCCUGGUUCUCCACUCUACAGUUUCAUAAAGGAAGGAAAGCUGAAUUAUGAAGGACUUGCGAUUGGAAAGGUAUCUGGCCAGGAACAGUCUUCACGGGGACAGAGAAUUUUAUCUAUUCCAAUUUGGCCCCCAAACCUAGGCAUCUCUCAGAACUGUGUAUAUGAGGCACCGCAGGUUUCCAGAGUAGAAAAGACAGACAGCGGUAGUGAUCUGGCGGAAGCACAGCAGGAGAAGACAGAGGGUCUGAUGGCAGCUGAAAACGUGUCUUCACGUCUCCAUCACCACUUCAGCUUGUCCUCUGUCUAUUCUCACUACCUUCCCGACACGGGCCUUCCAGAGGUGACCACCUGCCAUUCCCAAAGCGCCAUAACUGUUGAUUACAUUUUCUACUCUGCAGAGAAGGAGGACGCUGCGAGGGGACCAGGAGCUGAAGAUGCUUUGGUUGGGGGCUUGAAACUUCUAGCUAGACUGUCGCUUCUUACAGAACAAGACCUGUGGACUGUGAAUGGACCUCCCAAUGAACACAACUCUUCAGACCACCUGCCUCUACUGGCUAAGUUUAGGCUGGAACUCUGACUCUGUUGCUCAUUUAUACAAUUUCCU